UUUGUAGUGUGUGUGUGUGUGUUUGUGUGCAUUUUCUAGAACAGUUUAUGCAACUCCUCACCUAAAAUUCUUGGAAUGACAGGAGCGCACAUACGCUCUCCCCUCCCCUCCCUUCCCUGCAGUUGGGUGUUCCUGCAUGAGAAGGCGUAUCAGGUGCGUGACACAGCCAUAGAGUCCUCUGUAAUGACCAAGGUAAAGGGCUUUGGUGUCUACAACAACAGACUGCUGGAUGUGGCUGACUACGUAACCCCAACACAGGGUUCCUCUGUGUUCUGCAUCAUCACCAAACUGAUCACCACAGAGAACCAGGUGCAGAGCUGGUGCCCCGAGAGUGAAAUCAAGUACAGAUGCAACAUUGAUGAAGACUGUCAGAAGGACACAGGCAAAGCUGGAGGAAAUGGUGUGCUCACCGGCAGGUGCGUCAGCUUCAACAGCUCGUUAAGAACCUGUGAGAUAAAAGGAUGGUGUCCGGCUGAGAUCGACUACAUAAAGACAGAACCCAUGAUGGAGGUAGAAAACUUCACCAUCUUCAUCAAGAAUAGCAUCCGCUUCCCCCUCUUUAACUUCACCAAGGGUAAUUUCCUGCCCACCAUCACAGCCGAGUACAUAAAGAAGUGUAACUUUGACCCGGUGAACAACACCUACUGCCCCAUAUUCAGGGUCGGGGACGUCGUCCAAUUUGCCCACCAGAACUUCUCCAACCUUGCCCACAAGGGAGGGGUGAUUGGAAUAAAAAUUGGAUGGAUGUGCGAUUUGGACCAAUCAGAUGACAGCUGUAACCCAACCUACUCCUUCACACGCCUGGACGCUGUCUCGCAGAAAAACAGCGUGUCUCCAGGAUACAACUUCAGGUAUGCUAAGUACUACAAGAUGGAGAAUGGGACAGAGUACCGCACGCUGCUGAAGGCCUAUGCCAUAAGGUUUGACGUACUGGUCAAUGGCAAUGCCGGAAAGUUCAACAUGAUCCCAACGCUCAUCAACAUGGUGGCCGCCUUCACUUCGGUUGGAGUGGGCACAGUUCUUUGUGACAUCAUCCUUCUCAAUUUCCUGAAGGGGGCGGAGCAGUACAAGGCCAAGAAGUUUGAAGAGGUGUCCGAGUCCCAGAUCAGGUCCAGUGUCUCCCAUAGCAACGGGUUGUACCGAAACAGCUGCAGCCAGCUGUCAGUCAAACAGGAUGAGAAGAUGUCCAGUGAUUCAGGGGCCUUCUCCAUUGGACAGUGAGGCUGAGGGGCGGGAGCUGAGGGACCCUUUCUGUCACUAAGGUAUUUGGCUGACUGACAACUCAAACACAAGCUCUUGGAUCAGGAAGGGCAGUGCAAUCGUACCUUAGAGGGGGAAGUACAAUCCUACAGCUAACCACAAAAGAACAAGACCCUGAACUGAACUACCCUGUUAAACAUUAACUUAUAAAGCUCAACAAGACUGUCCAAACUGUGCCUCAGACUACUGUGUGUGUGUGUGUGUGCGAGUAUGAUUGUAUGCCUGUUUGUGUGUGUGUGUGU